AAUAGGACAGAAUAGAAAUCAAGAAUAAUAAAAUUGCAGUGGAGGUUUUAUUUUUUAAUUACAAAUAUUCACGUUUUUUAGGUACUUGUUACAUAAAUAUUUAAACAUUUAUCAUUAAAAAAACCUUAAUUGCAAUUUUAUUAUUCUUGAUUUCCAUUUUUCAUCAUCUAAAAUUACUUCUUAAACUUCCUCCUAUCUGUGCCAAAUAUCCUAUAUACUAACAUGUUAAAAUAUGCUUGACACACAUUAUUUAUACAGAAGUGUAAUUUUUUAGUCUUUAAAAUUUAAAUAAGUUUUAUACGUAUUGUAAUAUUUUCUCUAAAAAAAACUUUCUCAUUAUUCAAAUUUUAAAUCGAUAGUUUUGUAUUUACUUUUGUAAAUAUCUUUCUAAUAAACGCAGCAUAAAAUACAUAUAUUGCUAUCAUAUUUAUAAAAUUUUAAUCAAUUCCGCUUAAUUCCAAUUUAAUGCAGUUUAAUAAAUUCGAGAUUUUGUUUAAUGAGACUGUUAUUUACAAUGAGAUAAAUAAAUUUUGAAUGAUAUAUUUUAAGCAAAUUUCUCUUGUUUGUAUUUUGAAAGUUUGAUCUUAUUAUUUAUUUACUUUAAUUUGUUUAAGUUCUUCGUAUUUUUCAUUGAAUUGUUGCGUAUUAGUAGUUUAUUGAAAUUUUUAAAAUAUAAGACAAGCAUCUUUUGUUAUUUCAAACCGUUUAAAACGCAAAUAGUCAAGACAGGUCUAUGUUACACCAAAAUAUUGCUUUUGAUUUCAAUUUUACUUACACGUAGAAUUUGCUUUACACAAAAUUGCUUUAUGCAAAAUUAUGCAUAACGAGCCGAUGAAAUCAGUAGGGCCGUCCAAGCAUAUAAUUUGUCUUCUGUGUUAUUCGACAGAGAGCAAAAAUGGAGAUUAUGGAAGAUGGGAAUUUGGUCGAUCGCGUAAGAAUUUUGUUACAACGGGACAUGCAAUAUUACCAGGAGAUGCAAACCGUUCUGAGGGAGCCCCUCUGCAUACGGAUCAGCGGCGGAAAGCUCGAUUUUCCACGGCACGCCUCGUUUGCCGCGAUUAAGAUCGUCACGUGGUGGGAAGCGGACUUCGUGGCCGCUUUUAAGCGCGCUUCCGGUUUGAGCUCCACCGGGAACGGAGGCGCGUCCAGCGUCGACAGCGAGGACGGUGUCAUUAAACAGAUCAAGCCGUCCGAUUUUAUCCUGCUUGUUGUCGACACUGCCGAGCAACUGCUAGAACAUCUGCACAUGUUGAUCCAGGAAUCCUUGGAUCACGCCGAUCUCACUGUACUCACCGCCACUUUGGGCGCAGCAGCAUUAAUACGUAAUUGUUUGUGGUGUUACUAUCAGCACGCAAAAGGAACAAUCUCUUCUCAAUCAAGCGAAAAGAUCAAUAAGUCUCACAAAGCAUUCCACGAAAUGGCCGAAGCUGUGGCAGAGAGACUGCUCGAUCUGCAUUGUCGAUUAAUUUCCUUGUACAUUCUCAAUGAGGCGGACUCUCUCAGCUGGCACAGCGACAAGCCGUUCUUCGAAAGGGAGCGAUGCUCCUACGUUAUACAAAUGUGGUGGCUGUAUAUGCAAGGUACUAAGGCAGAUUUAUGGAACACGGUCUCGCCUAAGAUGGCACAGCGCGUAUUUUCAGAGAUGCUAAAUGAGUCCCUGUCUAUCAUAACUACGCGAUUCAUUCACGGACGACCGACGCUGGCGCGGUCCGAACAAUUUUGGUCGGACGCCUUUAACGUGCUCUGCUGCACGGGCUAUCUCGCUUUGGGCGCGUGUGUCGACAGCGACGGGAUGAUCGGCGCACGUCCGAGUAAUUUGCCGACAGCGAUAAGAGAUGUACACGCAAAAUGUAACGAACUGUUAAUCUGCUUGCUGCUCAGAGGCACUCCUCUCAAAGAAUUGUAUCAGAUCUUCCGACACGGAUUAGAAAAUCUGGCAAUAUUGCGGCCUCGACGCGGUCCAGCACCUUGGCUGUUGAUAUGCGCUCCAAAUUUAUUAGGAUUAGACGCGAUUAAUUCUCCUGCCGAUAUUGUAACUUUACCCGAGGAUAAAGCUGUCAUUCUCGAGUUGAACAUUCUGAGGCAUCAGCCUCAACCUAACUGGCCUCAGUUGAUGAAGGUGAUAUCGAUGAGCAAUUACGUCGUGGCGAGGAUGCUGCUGAAGACUCUGGUACGGCAAAACGUGGGCGUUACCUGCGUGGACGACAGUGACGCAGCCGACAAGUCGAAGAGAGACGAAAGAAGUUGCAGCGGUUUUCUGUGCAGCGGAUCGGCGUGCGAUAAAACGCUUAAAAUAACUUCGGAUCUAACACUAUACAGCUUAUUUCACGCAUUGGUGGUAACUGUUAACGAGCCGGAGCACGUAAUUAUACCGGCGCUGAAGCAGGAUCCGGACUGGUCCAAUUAUUUGGACAGACAGCAGGUCUGGAAUCAAUCGCGACCACCUUGGCUGAAUGCGCUGGUAAAACCGCUGAAGAUCAUGAUGCAACCGGUGGCUGAAGUGCUUUUAGAAGCCGCGAAAACAGGUGCCAGCAUAUAUCAGGCCAUGUCCCUUGCGAUCGGCUGCUUCGCCGAGUUGUACGUGACCGCCCCGACUCCGGUUUUACGUGCCGCGUUCGCGUUGAACGACAACAUUCCCGCGCACUGUCGGCCGAUCGGCGGCAACGUGUUGCUCCAGGUAUUAUGUGCCGCACUGUAUUCCACCCUCUUGGACGUGUCCACGAAGGGCAGGAACGACGUCCAUGGUACGCCGGGUUCCGAGGACACGUGCUGCGAGCUGAGCCCCUUCAAUCCGUAUAACCGAUCUACCGCCGCGACGGCGCUCGCCGAAGCGAUUUGCAGCAUCGACGAGGACAAUAAGCACACGUCGCAGAUAGACUCCUUCCUGCUUCUUGUAAAGGACAGUCUCGGAAAAGAAGAUCAGAAUCCGAGAAACAGCGAAUUACAGAACAUGACUUGCGUCAUCGAGACUUACACGGACGAAUUGUUGUUCACGAAUAUCGGGCGACGUUCCUUGAAAAUCGCAUACGAGUACCUAGUUCGAGCGUCCGACUGGGUAUUGAGUAACUUGCGUCGCGGCGAGGAGAGCAGGCAGGUAGAUUUGACCAAUCUGCCGGAAGUCUCGCCCAUCGUGAAACCCCUCACACACAUAAUGUUUCACAUCGAGGACACGCGCUUCGAUCAAUUUAUGGUUAAUUACGAGGCAACGAACUGGCCGAGGAUAUUGACGAUGCCUCUGUCGAUCACUUUGGAGCGCGUACGAAGUCAAGUUCUUCUAAGACCGGAAUUCAAGAACCUCGGGGACCUGAGCCACGAGGAUAAAGAAGUGGCGCAAUCCAUCAAGAGGAUUUGCUCGUUCGUCAGGUCAACACGUUUUAAAUAAGUAAUUUUGCACACACGCGUAUAGCAGUUAAGUAAUAUCUCUCCUGCAAGUUAUUCGAUAAACUUGAAUUUUAAUUCCACGAAAUAUACACGUUUACUUCAAUAAAAUGACAGAUCCUCGAAAUGUUA